AUGCAGCUCAAAUCAAUCAGUCACCCAUCUGCUUUCAAAAAAACCCACACCAAGGCGACUGCUCCAGCUGCGACGCCAGACCGUCAGUACGAUCCGGCAAGAGACUGUAGCGAAAACGUUGGACAGGAUUCAGUCAGUCCUCAGAGAAUUUGGGCUCAACUUGUUGACCCGGAUUUCCCACGGCCCAAAACAAGCGACCCGAAUGAAAAGAUGUGGAAGGGACUGUCCCGCAGAGACCAGAUCUGGUUGGUAUGGAACAUGGAGCCAAAGUUCGUCAACUGGAUUACGCCCCGUGGAUUCAAUAUCGAUUUUGCCAAUUAUUUCAUCCGAGAAGCCAAGGAGGCGCUUGGCAAUGGGGGAAUAUAUGCGGUGGGCAAUGCAGUUCACUCCUGCCUUGACCCCAGAUGUGCAGACUUCCCGACUCCCGAGGGCUACAUCUAG